UAUAGAUGCGUCUGGAAAUUCCGAUCUUCCUUCCAGCACUUUAAGAUAGCAUAUUUAUUUUGCGUAUGUGGGCAAGCGAUGAAGAAAACAUGGCAAUGUUGUGAGUUUGGAGACGAUGCUGAGCUUUCUGGAGACGGUGCGGUCGGACAAACCCGCCUGUCACACUCAUCCGUGGCAUCCGUGUGUUUGUAUUUGAACGCUGCACGUCGCUGGUACUUUAUGAUGUGGAGAAGGGAGAUCGAGAAUAACGGAGCACAGCUGACAGGCGGAUCGACCGCUGGACUUGGGUAAACACACUGCCGCAUGUUGUGUGUCAGAGUGCGGGCUUAAAAGCUAAUGCUGCAGAUGGUCUGGAUAGGAAGUCAGACAUCCGAGUUGAAAGCAGGUGGGCCAGAGAUGGGAAAUGACACCGCGCUGCUCCAAAUUCAUCCGCCUGAGCGACGGAGGAUAACCCUUCAGGCGAAAUAUCCUCAGUGUGUUUGGUAAACACCGUAAACACACUGUUUUCCUGCGCUGCAUCCGACUCUUAAACAGUGCCGACGCAGGGUUUUUUUUUUUUUUUUAAUUGGCGCAAGCAAUAUUGUUAUUUUGGUUUCAUCACUUUGCAGACAUGUCCUUCACAAUGGAGGAUAAUUUGGAGUCGGGUUGGGUAGCCGUCCGCCCCAAUGCGUUUGAAGAGAGGGAAAAGCACAAAUUUGUUUUUAUCGUCGCCUGGAAUGAGGUGGAGGGUAAAUUUGCUAUUACGUGUCACAACAGGACGGUGCAGAGGAGAAGCUUUGGCAGGGAUCCUCCGCUGGAGGCGACCAGCCUGGAUGGGGACAAAACAAAAUGGCCCGAAAGUCCCGUCAGGGAUAAAGUAUCCAGGAGCCCUGGAAAAGGAGCCAGAGAGACUGUGGAUAAAAGCUGCAGCCAUAAAACCAAGAUAGCAACAAGAUCAAGUCCUGUCAAAAUCCAAACUGUGAUUAAAUCUGCAGCAUCCCCAGUUAGUCCCGAUAUCGAGGUGUUAAAACCACUAAGAGAGGACCAGUUGUCCCCAUCACUGGACAGCUUGGACUUGGACGAAUUGGAUAGUCUGAGCAGGGAGGAUUGUAGCUGGGCCGGGCUCUUCUCCUUCCAGGAUCUUCGGGCAGUCCACCAGCAGCUGUGCUCGGUCAACUCGGACCUGGAGCCCUGCCUCCCGGUGUUUCCAGAGGAACCAGCCGGGAUGUGGACGGUGCUGUUCGGCCCUGCGGAAGUACCCGAGACCGAGAUGGAUGAGCUUUGCUACAGUUUACAGGUGUACCUAGGCCAUGCACUGGAUACGUGCGGAUGGAAGAUCCUUUCGCAGGUUCUGUUCACGGAAAACGACGAUCCAGAUGAGUACUAUGAGAGCCUGAGCGAGCUGAGGCAGUCCGGGCACGAAGAGGCGCUCAACCGCGCGACAAAACACCUGCAAGAGCUGCUGGAGAAGCACAAGACCUUGGACAGUAUGGUAGAGCUGCUGGAGCUGUAUGAGAAGGAAGAUCAGGCCUACGGAGGACUGCUGGAAGCCUCCACACAGCUGUACCAGUACCUGCUGCAACCCUUCAGAGACAUGAGAGAACUGGCAAUGCUACGCAGACAGCAGAUCAAGAUUUCCAUGGAGAAUGACUACUUGGGCCCGAGGCGGAUUGAAGCUCUCAAAAAGGAGGACUGCGACUGGCAGAAGAAAGCUCAGGAGGCAGUCCUCAACAUCCAGGAGUUUACUGUAAAAUAUUUUGAGAUCACUGCCAGGGCACAGAAAGGGGUGUAUGAGCGUAUGAAGGUGGACCAACGCAAGUUUGGUAAAUCUUCAUGGACAGUGGCGGUGGAGCGCAUGGAGAGACUCCGCUACUCUGUCGCAAAGGAAACUCUGCAGCUCCAGAGAGCCAGGGAGAUCUGUCUGGACCAGAGGAAACACACACUUCGAGAGGAGAUGCAGAGUCUGUGUAGCAGUGAGGAUGCCAUGGCUCUCUUAGACCACAUGGAGACACAGUACUAUGAGCUCCAGCUCCAACUGUACGACAUCCAAGCUGAGAUAUUACAAUGUGAAGAGCUGCUCCUCACCGCUCAACUAGACAGCAUUCGCAGACAGAUGACAGAGCGUCAGGAUGAGGUGGUGUACUAUGACACCUUUGAAAGUGCAGAUGAUAUAACAGAGGAUGAUACUGCAGAGAGAGAAGAGCUGCACAGACUUCAGGUCAGCGCUCGACAGCUGGAGGCUAGAAGGGGGCGCAUCGCUGCCAAACGCUCCUAUCUGAGGAACAAAAGGGAGAUCUGUGUAUCCAACCACACUCAGAAACAGCAGAAACGUCAAACCAUCAACAAGGACUUGCACCAGAUCUUAGAGCUGAAAAAUGAAGAAGAGGAAGACGAGGAGAGGAAGAACAGCAGAGUUAGUCAGGAGAGACAAAGAACUUUGGACAGACUACGCACUUUCAAGCAGCGGUACCCAGGUCAGGUGAUUUUGAAGUCAACUCGACUACGCGUAUCCCAUUCCAGAAGAAGAGAUCGUGGAAGGUGCAUGGAAAUGAGUAGUGUGAGUGAGAGGGAGGAGCGUGUGGACUCUGUCCAGCAGGGUCAGCCACUGUGUCUCAGUACCAGUGUGCAGACGGACCCCAGCCCCAGCUCCACACUCACCACUCAGCCCGUCACAGCCCUUACAGCAUCCCUUCCUCCACUGCCUGUGCCCAGUCCUGCAGACUCCACCUGCUCUCCCUGCUCCCUGUCCUCACUGCUGGCAUCACCCAUCUCCCCUCCUCCUCCACCUCCCCCUCCACCUCCUUUGCCAUUAAAGGAGGAGUUGUCACCUUCUGGGAGCCCAGGUCAGCAUGGGCAGAAGGUUGAGGGGAAGAGUGCAGCAGAAGAGCUCUCCCUCUCUCCCCUUGGUCCAUUUAUCCCUCGCUUCUUUGACAGCAGCCAACUGUUGAGCGCCCGGAAAAAGCUGAGGAAGACUCCUGAGUUUGACUCCCACAGCAGAAGAGGGAGCUCACCCAUGGAUGAGGUGCUAGCCUCCCUGAAGAGAGGCAGCUUUCACCUGAGGAAGGUUGACCAACGAACCCUACCUCCUGCCAAGGGUGACGAUGACCCCAACAGCAUCCUGGUUCAGAUACGUAAGGGGGUCAAACUGAGGCGUGUCCCCAGGAAAGAGAGAAAGGACCAGGGAGAGCUCCCAGCCUCCACAGACCCCCUGACUAGGAGCAUCCAUGAGGCGCUGCGCCGCAUCAAGGAGGCCUCGCCAGAGUCUGACUCAGACGAUGACGGGCUGGCUGGCCCUGACUGGGACAGCUAGGGUUCAAGGCUCAAAUGCAACAAAUUAACACACACAGAUGCCUGCACCCUCUGGCACUGCGCACGCUGUACUGUACUGCACUGUACUGUACACACACAAACACUUCAUUCACACCCAAGCACAUCCACAGCUCAGUCACACAUCUACCUAGUGACUACACCAGGGCCUGAAUUAAACCGAAUAUCACCAAAUGCUCCAAAGGUCGAUGGUCAAUCUGUUCUUUUGUUAUUCACACUACAUUCACAAUCAUCAAGGACGUUAUUUGUGUUUUUAUUUCUACUUUGUGUUACUGUGGUUUUAUUCUUGUACUGUUAUCAGAUUGUAAUGAUGCCAUGUUUGUUUUUAAUUUUUUUUUCAGUUGUAUUAAUGAAAUGCUCUGCACUGGCUCUUUGUGGCUAUAUUAACAUUCAGAAAUAGCACAUAACACAUUUUACACCAAAACAUUGCACUGAUACAGAAAGCUGUAAGUGCUUCGAAGUGUGUGAUCAUUUUCCACUCACCUCAAAGCAUUAGAAAGCAACUGUAAGCAACUGUUACUGUAAGUUAUGUGUAUGGUUAGAAAUUUGGGGUCAUGUGGAAGAUUGAAAAAUACAGAGAGGAUCCCGCUGAGCUGGAUUUGAAACCAUUACACCAUUAAACAUCACUUCAGCUGACACUCUCUUCUAUUUUUACUCAACCAGUGUACUAUGACUGAGCCACACUGUGCUGCACAGCUGGUUUUUGUCCUGUGACAUGUGGGUGUGGUAGUGUCAGACAGCAUGCGGAUCACUGCUUGUCUAAUCUGACACUGUACAAAAAAUGUAGAUCCUAUAGUCUGUCGCACUGGAUUCGUGCCCCUCCUCCACCCUUGUGCUAUUCCGGCCUUCACUACCCACAACUCUCACCCCCUCUCUAGAUGAGGGAAUAUGUAUUGACCCAUCUGUUCCACUGCAGCAUAUGGCCUGGUUGGUGGGAGAUAUAGAGUCACAGAAGGUUUAUCAUUUGGUGCCAUAUCUCAACAAUAUCUCUGAGCAGAUCAAGUAAAAGAGGAUUCGAUAAAGGGUCACCGGCAGAGCUGCAGAGAUGGAGGUCGUGGUUAGUGUCAGUACUCUUUGUACAGCGUAGGCAGACAUGGUUGGUGUUUCCUGAACGUCUCAUGUGGGAUCAUCACGGCAGAGCUGUGAAACCGGUUGCGCUUGUUUGAAUGAUGGAUGGUUUGUGGGAGGCAAGAUUCUCUCAGCGCUGUAGGGAGUCACUGUGGGCUGUGGAACAGGCGCUCGUGAUUGAUGCAGUUUCUCCUGCCAUCUUAUUCACUUUCUCUCCUCUAUUGCAUCUUUUCUAAUUUCUUUCUCUGCACUCAGUGGGCAGAAGCACACAGUAGGAGGUCUGUUACUCACAGUGUUGGAAGUGAAAACAUGCACAUGCACACAUGGACUCAUGCAUGCGACUCACAGCCAACAUGUGCAGAAACAUUUUAGUGGGUCCACACCCUUUUUUUUUUGUUUGUUUGUUUGUUUUGUUUUUUAAUCACUGGUGAAACAUUAUAUCUGUAGUAAAUGAAUGACUUUAAAAGCACUGAACACAUGUGGAAUAGGACCUAGAGAAGUGCGAUGGAAGGUCAGUAUAAGAGGACCAGUGGGACGCUUAGCAGCACAGGAAUUCACACAAGCAUACAUGUUAACAUGAAGUUAAAAACAUGUGGAUUCAUAAACUAAGCUCUAAAUCUGGAACCGUCUCGGUUUGCACUGUCUUAAACAGCUUUGAUGCAAAGAUUUGUGCUUUUCCUCUUGUUCUUGUGUCGACAGCCAUAUGCGGAUUUAUAAUGAAGCAGACACUAAUGUAGAAAGAACCAGCAUGGAAGUAUAUGUCAUAUUAUACAGCUUGAAAAUAGCUUAGUGCUAAAGAGAGUUUAUUAUUUUCCCGGCAGAGCAAACCUGAGGCACUUUUACAUGUCUUCUGUUACUGUCAGCACAAUGUUCUUCCAUGAUACCCUCAUCAUGUAGCAUGAGACCUGACUCUUAACUCAAACUUAACCCCCACCUUACCUGACUUCAUGUCACUAUAACUGACCGAGGCAGAGUUUCCCAAAAGAUGUUCAUUCUGAGGUUUAAGUUGCUCCACCAAAUAACGACCAGCAAUGUGCUCAAAACUUUUGGGAAACUGGGCUCAGAAUGUGACACAAUUCACGCAAUCAACUACCUGACUGACCUUACAAACACACUGUCUUGUGUUUUACACUGAUCUUUAAAUAUCCUUAAAUCAGCUUGUUUGUCAGCUAACUGUAAUUUUACAUUGCUUCAUUUGUAUCCUGUUUUCCAAAGCAUUUCCAGCCAAAAGUUUUGUGAUGUGUUUGCUUCUGAACAUUUCCUAUGUAGACCUGUUUUCCACACAGGGUGACCCGCUGUAUGAAUAAAACAGUCAGUCACUUGAGAAGUGCAAAAUCGAUAUAGAGAAAUACAAAAAGGGAUGAAACAAGUUAUUGGGUAAUAAUGAGUCCGGAUUGAUUGCCUAAAACAACAGACAUUAAAUGUUGUAGUUGUUUUUACACAUUAGUGUAUAGACAUACUGUUCAGAGAAUGCAUUUUUGCCUUUGGUCCUAAAAUUUUCAUUUAUUCAAACCUUUUUGUUUUAUUUACAACCUUGCCUCUGCAUUUGAAUAAAACCUUGUGAAGCAAAUUCUGAGAUUGUCUAUUUCACUGUUGAAUAAUUUAGCUAAUAAUGUGUUUUUUUAUUAUUAUUUUAAAAAUAUGAAACAGAACAAAAGCAAUUUGCACACACUGAAUUCUGCGGUCACUGUAUUUGAAUAUAAAACAUAGCAUUUCUCAGUUCACAGAGGUGUGUUCUCAGCCUGGUAGGGCUGUCUUUGUUUGAAUUCAACAAAGAAUUUAGUUUGGCUGAAGCACCAACAGGUGUGUCUCCUGAUCAUUUUUCACCAGCAUUUUGGCAAAUCCUUUCACCUGCAAACACACAAGUUUCACCAAUCUAUGAACAUCAUUAGCCUGAGGUACCUCUUUAAUAUCAUGAGUUCAAAAUUACUUUAAAUAGUCAAAAAUAUUGCCAGUCUUUUCAUACCUCUAAAUACAAUAAUAAUACCUACAUUUAAAUACCAUAAGUUACAAAACAGGAGAAUGAAAAGCUUCUUAUCCACUACUGUACAAAGGCAUUCAUUAACAAUAGCAUUAAUAUCAAGGUUUUCCAUCUGUGUCAUUCGACUGUCAAAGUUAAACCAGAAAAAAAGGGUAACUUUUCCCUUUACAUGGGUCUUAUUCCAGUGUAUUAACCUGUGUGACUAACUACAAUACAGAAUUAUGCUGUGCUAGUAUUUAAUGCAGAUCUCUUGAUAUAUAAUGUAGUUACAACAGUGUAAUAACACAGUGCAAACAGGGUGAUCAAUUGAAAGGUAAGAUAAGCAGCAUUUCAUGUGACAAAAGAGCUUUUUAGAAAUUCAGUGAUUUUUAAAAGGAAGAGACUGUCCAGAGAUGCAGUUUUGGAUUUUUCCGGUACAGGGGCUGCUUUAUAAGUGCAUGUUUUGGUACAGAAAGUUAACCACUAUGUGUUUACAUUGUGUUGUUACGCAUUUUUAAUAUAUAUUGAAGAGGUUUUCAUUGUUUACCUACAGACUAGAUACUUCAUAAUAACAAUGCAAUACUUUUCCGUGGGUUAAUACACAACAAUAAGCCACUGCAGGGCGUUACUGAAUUUGAGUUAUCCAUCCAUUCAUUUACAAUGCUGUCAUGAGUAGAAAGUUGUCUUAUACAGUUCUAUUAUGAUAUCAUCAGUGUUAUAUCCUGUGUAAAAAAAAAAAAA